CUUCAUUGCGCAGCACAGUAGUUCUGCUUGCCUUGAGCACUGAGUAUCGGCUACUGUUUGCGGAGCACCAAUCGCCCCUGAAUUGAUAGCAUGCGGUUUCAAGCAUCAACAUUGUUGCUUCUGACGUUGUUGCCUGUGCUCAAGUCGCAACUAAUGCUCGGCAAUGUUGCAGCGGUCGAGGGCUCCGCCCAGCGCGCGCUGCAAGGCGCUGCUUUACCGCGAGGCUGGGAGCUGCGCGAAGCUCUUGCCGUGCUGGACCCAGACCUGUACGCCAACGGCCCCGGGCCCGACCGCCCCUUCCUUGACCUGCCGGGGCUAGCCAGCCCCUGCUGGCGCCACGGCGACGAGGGCAGCGCGGACGACGACGCGGGCAACCGCAGCGGCGUGCGCUGCCUGCCCGCCGCCAUGAUCCUGGGCGGCUUCCAGUGCGGCAGCCAGUCGCUGUGGGCGGCGGUGUACAAGCACCCGCUCAUAGUCAAGACCGACGUGUCGCGCUACCACUUCUGGGCUGAGCACGACAAGAAGAGCGCGGGCCUGUUCAGCGGCCUCAAAGCCGGCGCCGACAAAAUCAUGGACUGGCAGCGACUGGCGCCGGGCGCAGCGACCGGGGGCAGCGGCGGCGGCGGCGGCAGUGGAGAGGGGGCGGGCAGUCGGGAGGGCGAAGCGGCCGGGGAGGAGGAGGCGGCGGAGCCGGUUGAUGAGGCGUGGAUCCGGAGGCAGCCCAAGAUGAUGAUUGACGGCAGCGCCAGCACCUUUGCCUUCUACUACGCGCCCGGCGUGCGCACGCACCGCACCUUCCUCGCCACCAUGCAACCGUGCUGGAAGGGUUGUCAUGACGACCACAAGGAGGGUGCGGAGCGGGAUGUCUGCCUGGACAAGUGCUUCACCACGUCGCAGCAGGCCGACCGCCAGGUCGCAAAGAAGAUCGGCAUCCCGUACAAUGACAUGUCGUUGCCGCUGGUGUUGUCAGCUGUGUACGGCAAACGCCCGCCGCGCAUGAUCAUCAUGCUGCGCAACCCCAUAGAGAGGCUGUACAGCUCGUUCUGGCGCUACAGCCACUACAACACCAAGUACGGCAACACCGUGCAGGGCUUCGAGGCCUUCGUGGACGAGCAGCUGUCUGCGCUGCAGCGCUGCCAGGCCCGCGCCGCCCCGCCCGACGCGCCCGAGGUGGACCCCGCCACCAGCUGCCUGCUGCACUUCGAGACGUGGGGGCUGCAGGAGGAGCGCGUGUUCUUCCACGCAGACCAGAUUCUCCGCGGCGUGUACUCGGUGUAUCUGGACUCCUGGUUCAAAUACUUUGACAGGAGGCAGUUCCUGGUCAUCAAGUCGGAGGACUAUUUCGCGGACCCGCUCGCCACCUACCGCCGCGCGCUGUCCUUCCUGGGCCUGGACCCACGGGCCAUCUCCGUGAGGGCUGACGUGGAGCGCCUGUCCAAGCUGGCAGCCAGCGGCGACGACGCCGCACUGGCCGCGCCGGCGGCGGCGCACAAAAAGAAAAAGGGCGGGACCGCCGACGGCGAUAAUAAGCUGUGGGCGGACAUCAAGCACGACCUGCUCAACGACCCCGAGCAGCGCUUCCCAACCAACCGCGCCGCCGCACUAGCCGCCCGCCGGGACAGCAGCGGCGGCGGCGGCGGCGGCAGCGGCGGCGCCGUGUCAGACGCACGCGCCGAGGCGGCCGUGGCUGCCACGGCUGGCGGCGGCGGCGGCGGGCAGGCGCGGCCGCCGAUGCCGGCGGCGGUUCGUAAGCGGCUGCUUGACUUCUAUGAGCCGUACAACCGGAGGCUGGCGGAGCUGCUAGGGGACCCGGACUUCAUCAGCGGCUGGCAGUAGGGGGCAGCUGGCGGCAGUGGGGGGCAGGGGGCGGCAGUGGCGGCAGUAGGCAGGUGGCGCGCAGUAGGGGGCAGGCGGCAGUAGGCAGGUGGUAGGUGGCGGCAGUAGGGGGCAGUAGGCAGGUGGUAGGUGGCGACAGCACGCGGAGCGCACGGCUGGCAACGGAGCGCGUCGGAGCGUGCAGCUGCGUGUUGAGGUGUGUGUUGCCGACUCGCGGUGGCACCGUGGCUGUGGGUGACCAGGGAGGCGUGGUUGGGAGGCCGUGAGGGUGCAGGGCCCCGUGGAGGCCAGGUAAGGUGUAGCGGUGCGGUUUCCCCCAUUUCGGGGGCUCGAUAAGUCGGUGUGUGGACACGGGUUGAUUGCAGUGGAUCCUUGGAUCCGACAGGCUACCUGAGAGUGGGCGCGCUCUGGCCCAGACCAAGCAAGAACCCAGGGUUUGCGUGCAGGUGUCGGGGUGUGGAGUGACUAGAGCCUGAAACUGUUGCGGUGCAGCGCAGGGCCGCAGGCUCACGCUGGACCGUGUGCCUGUGUGUCGCAGCCGCCCCACAUAACACUGCGUGGAAUUGAAGUGACUUGCAAUGGCUGUGAGCGCUGUUUACCGGUCUGCUGGGGCUUGCAGUUUGGUCCCUGGCCGUCGCCUCGUGUUGAUCCUUGCCGAAUGCCGCGGACGGGUGGGAUCGCGUCAUACCUUGGCGAUACGGCUGGUGGCAUUUGCCGGCAACCCGAGAGAUGGGAACAUGAUAGGGAACCAGGCCCCAAGCAUCCACCUGUGGCUUUCGAUAGAGGAACUGGGUCAGUGGGAUCCCUGGGUCAGUUCUCAGUUGGUACGUUCGGGUCUCCGACCAGAACCCG